UCAACAGCCAGAAGAAGAAGAAGUUCUAAACGAGCUGAUUCUUCUGUCGACUCUGUUUCAAAUGUCGAUACAAACUUCUGCAGAUUCCCGGAUUGUUAAGUCCAUCUUCCAACUUGUGCUUGUUAGUCUUCUAGUUUUAGGAUCCACAAGAUGGAUCCUUGAUGAACUCAAGAGCAACGAGAGUCGGAUAUUACAACUCUAUGGUUUCAGACAGAAAGACUCAGUGUUUGUUACCAAAGAGGAUCAGCUUGAUGAGAGCUGCAAUGUCUUUGAAGGACAAUGGGUUUGGGACAAUGUCUCUUACCCUCUUUAUACAGAGAAGAGUUGUCCGUAUUUGGUCAAACAAACAACAUGUCAACGAAACGGACGACCUGAUUCUUAUUAUCAGAAUUGGAGAUGGAAACCGAACUCAUGCGACUUGCCCAGGUUCGAUGCUCUGAAACUGUUGGACGUGUUGAGAGACAAAAGAGUGAUGUUCAUAGGAGACUCAGUGCAGAGAAGCACGUUCGAGUCAAUGGUCUGUAUGGUGCAAUCAGUAAUACCUGACAACAAGAAGUCUUUUCAUAGGAUUCCUCCUAUGAAGAUCUUCAAAGCUGAGGAAUACAAUGUAUCGAUCGAGUAUUACUGGGCACCUUUCAUCGUGGAAUCAGUUUCGGAUCAUGCAACUAAUCAUACAGUACACAAAAGGUUGGUUAACCUCGACGCCAUUGAAAAACAUAGCAAGAGUUGGGAAGGUGUCGAUGUUCUAGUCUUUGAGAGCUAUGUAUGGUGGAUGCAUCAACCUAAGAUCAAUGCAACGUUUGGAGAUGCCAGGGAAGUCAAAGAGUAUAAUGUGACGACUGCUUAUAGAAUGGCGUUAGAAACAUGGGCCAAGUGGUUAGUGACGAAGAUCAAUCCCGUUAAGCAAAGAGUUUUCUUCACGAGUAUGUCUCCAACACAUCUCUGGAGCUGGGAGUGGAAUCCAGGGAGCGAUGGAACCUGUUAUAAUGAGUUAUACCCAAUAGACCAACGGUCAUACUGGGGCACAGGGUCAAAUCAAGAAAUCAUGAAGAUAGUUGGAGAUAUUCUAAGCAAAGUUGGAGAACAUGUCACGUUCCUAAACAUUACGCAACUGUCAGAAUAUAGGAAAGAUGGACAUACGAGUGUGUAUGGAGAACGGAGAGGGAAGCUCUUGACUAAGGAACAGAGAGCUGAUCCGAAAAACUAUGGAGACUGCAUCCACUGGUGUUUGCCAGGUAUUCCUGAUACGUGGAAUGAGAUUCUCUACGCAUAUUUGCUACGCAGUCAUCGGAAUUCCUUCUGAUCCUUUCCC